CCGGUCUUUCCCAAUAUCUUUUCCACGGAUAAGAUACAUUAGGCAUAUUAGGUCGGCACAUGCCGGGUGAGGCGGGAAGAGGGUAGUCGAUUAAACCGGACAUAUGUGUGACAGGCGAACAGAAUGAGUUGCCAUCAAGGAAGGGAAGACGUUGUCGGUGUCCAGGGACCAAUCCCAAUGCAGCAUGCUGCGCCGAGUAGACAUGGAAGAAGAAAACACUUCUCUCACAGAAUAGCCGCCGGAUUGGGAAUCAGCCAAGUGAUAUUAGGAGGCAUUCUUAUAAUGUUUGGCAUAGUGUCUGUCGUCAUUAAGACGCAGUUAUUUUUCAUAGGGGCACCUUACUGGUGUGGCACAUUGUUUUCUGUUACGGGGGCCGUGAGCUGUGUGUCCGCUUACAAAAAAACUACACAAACGAUAAUAGCAUCGUUAGUGUUAUCGAUUUUGUCAUCUGUUGUCAGUGGUAUCGUGUUACUGGUGUUGGCUUCCAUUGCAUUAAGUCUUGAAGAUUACUAUAAUGAUUGUUAUGACUAUCUCCACGGCCGCGGUAGUUAUAUUUGUACCAUGGAAACGAUAAAAGGGCGUCUUGCAGUGGAUGGUGCUAUUGUUGUGAUCGCUUUCCUGGAAUCUAUAUUUGGCAUACUGAGUGCUGUAUUUUGCUGUCGAGCUGUGUGUUGUGGUGACCCAGGGGCUCCAGUGGUGUACUUCUUUGCCCAGCCAGAUGCGGCUCAAUCGCAGUUACCCAUGGCAACAGUCACUGAAGGCGCUCCAGCCGUCGUAAUGAUCCCACAAGGCGUACAGCUUAUUUCACAGGGGAGAGGUAUGCCGACACCAACAGGCACGCCGACUCAUAGGCUGGUUACUAUACAACCAACGCUUGCCGACAUCCCGCCACCAACUGGCCAAUCACCGCCACCGAGUUACGCAAGUGGGAGCGACCAAUCACCAUCUUCCCCUUCAGUGCGCAGAACGGGUGACAUCAUGAAGGCGCCACUUCUGAGUGAAACCUGAACCUACAACUUAAUCUAAUCAAUUUCAAAAUUAUUUAUAUCAUAAUGUAAUAACAUUUUAGUCACCCAGUGUUAAUCACUUGAAGAUAAACGAGGUUAAAUAUGUGGCCUUUUUAAGAGCACUACAAUUUCUUGAUUUUUUGCUGAUUGACAAGCUCCAACAAAUAAAUAACAAAGAGAAAAUAAUAGAGCUGGGGUACCCG